GAUUGGAUCCCUCUUUGAAGGUCUGGAGAUGCUUCUCAUCACUUGCUUCAUCUUUGGCCUUUUGGGCAGCCUUACCUGGGCAGCAGGUCCCCGUGGCCGGAGCGUCUGUCCUGCUGGCACCUUUUCCUAUAAAGAUGGAAGCGAGUGGAAUUGCUACAAAUUCUAUGAAGAUCGGUUCACCUUUGAAGAGGCUGAGCAAGAGUGUCAGUUCCAAUGGAAAGGCCAUUUAGCAUCUUUCAAAUCAGACAAGCAGGCAAAAUCCAUCGCUGCCUAUGUCACUAAAGAAAACAUAGAGGGUGCUUAUGUCUGGAUUGGGCUCCAACGAGAUAGAGAUUCUAAUUUGUAUUCUGGAUGGCGCUGGGUUGAUGGAUCACGAGCCCUGUACAGAAAGUGGAACUAUAAUGAACCCAACAAUCUGACUAAGAAUGAGUAUUGCGUCAGUCUCUAUCCUUCAACUGCGCACUUGACAUGGGUUGAUAUAGACUGUAACAACAGACUUCCGUUUCUCUGCAAAUGGAAACCCUCUUAAGCGAAGCCUGCAGAUGGAGUUCAAAGGGUCUCCCCAUUGAUUGGAAACCUGAGCUGAGACCUUCUUCAUGUGCCAAACUUCUUUGCCCGAAAGACCAGCU